CCAUAUAUAAGGCAUGACCCUGGGAAUUUAGAAGUUAUUAGUAAAGUCACAAGUUAUGAGAAGAGCAGUAGUUAUACCCGCAGUUGCAGUGGCACUUUUGGCCCUAUUUGCCAGCAGUGUCCAGGCCGGUUCAAGACCCAUAUCGGAUUGUGCCGAGCGCAUUCUGGAUGAUGGUUAUCCUGUGGAGACCCAUCAGGUUACCACCGAUGACAGUUAUAUUUUGACCGUUCACCGCAUACCCUUCUCACCUAAAUUGAAUAAUGCUGGUGUGAAGAAGCCAGUUGUAUUCCUUAUGCAUGGCAUGUUGAGCUCCUCCGUCGAUUGGGUAUUGAUGGGUCCUGGCAAGGCUUUGGCAUAUAUACUCUCCGAUGCCGGCUAUGAUGUUUGGAUGGGCAAUGCUCGUGGCAAUACCUACUCGAAGAAACACAAGGUUUGGCCCACCUAUUGGCAGGUAUUUUGGAAUUUCAGCUGGCAUGAAAUUGGCCUUUAUGAUGUGCCCAACAUGAUUGAUUAUGUUCUGAGAAAUACCGGAGAAGAGAAGUUGCAAUAUGUGGGCCAUUCUCAAGGUACCACUGUGUUCUUUGUCAUGAUGUCCGAAAAACCAAAAUAUAAUGACAAGAUCAAGUCGGCCCAUCUUUUGGGUCCUGCUGCCUACAUGGGUAACAUGAAGAGUCCUCUGACACGGGCCUUUGCUCCCAUUUUGGGUCAACCCAAUGCCAUUGUUGAGGUUGCCGGUUCCAUGGAAUUUAUGCCCAGCAAUAAAUUCAAACAGGAUUUGGGUAUUGAAAUGUGUCAGGCCACAUCUCCCUAUGCUGAAAUGUGUGCCAAUGAGAUAUUCCUAAUUGGAGGUUACGAUUCGGAACAAUUGGAUUAUGAACUUUUGCCCCACAUCAAGGCCACCUCUCCCGCAGGAGCCUCCGUCAAUCAAAAUAUCCACUUCUGUCAAUUGCACAACUCCAAGGAAUUCCGCAAAUUCGAUUACAGUGUUCUGCGCAAUCCCUUGGAAUAUAACGGUGCUCUCCUCCCACCAGACUAUAAGUUGUCGAAUGUCAAGGCACCUGUCAUGUUGUACUACGGUUCCAACGAUUGGAUGUGCGAUGUAUCCGAUGUCCUGAAGCUACGCGAUCAAUUGCCCAACAUGAAAUUGGAUUAUUUGGUGCCAUUCAAAAAAUGGGCUCAUUUGGACUUUAUUUGGGGUACUGAAGCCAAGAAAUAUGUCUACGAUAAGGUAUUGGAACAAAUGAAAUUGUAUGAAAAGUAAAUUUCGAAAAA